AUGUCAACCUUGAACAACAGCGAUCAAAAACAAUUCGACAUGAAAUUAGUCAACAUUUUGCUGGACAUCUCGCACGGGCCGGAAGUCGUCGGGUGCAAGCCUCUCGAGGGUUUGAUCGACUUAGUCUACAGGUACCCCAACUGCAUCAACAUUCUCAUCAUCCGAAUCGAGCAAUUCAUUGACUCCGCACCUCCCUGUUUUCUCUUGUCGGCUUUGUAUGUGAUUGACUCGCUCAUCAGAUACCUUGCGGAUGACACCGCAACCACUGUCGAAAAAGCUAUUGCGAUAAAACUCCCAGACAUUGUGCGGAGAAUCUGCAACACGCCCUCGCAAACUCGCAUUAAGGUCUGCACACUUCUCGAUCAUUGGAAUAGGCACAACACGUUUGGAAUGGAUAUCGUCAACAUCUGUCUCGACACGUUGAAGAACGGGGAGUUCGUUGAAAGCGACAAUUUCUUACACAGGGUUCUUCGUGUCUCGAUGAAGCCGGAGCGACACUUUGCGUUCAUCGCGACUCCCACACGGAGCGACGCAGAAAGACUCAAAACACAACUCCAAAAAAGAAUAGCGGACAUCCGCUCUCACUCAGUCCCAAAGGUCGUAUGGGGAACGGAAUAUUGGAUGAAAAAUUUCAAGUUUGAAGAUGACGAAGGGAUUUGCACUAUUGACAAGGACAGAAUACCACCAGGAAUCAUGUUAAACGCCGACGGGACAUACAUCGCAGAAAGAACGGAGCAGCGCCCACCCCUACGGCAGUCGCUGAGAAACCCUAACGAAUUGUCCAUCAGAGACGAGUCGUUUGACCGACGAGGAAGAAGGGUGGGAAGGUCAAGCUCUCGAGAGGUUGGAGAAAGGUCAAAUUCGAGAUGA